UGAGAGGGAAACAGACCAGAGGAACAGUGAGCAUCGGAGACGAGUCUGCUUCUAACCACCGCCUGUCAGGUCUCCAUGAAAAGAGCUGGCGGGCUGCUGCUGCUGACUGGCGAGUGGAUUCUCUCACAACACACACUAGAGUUUCCUGGUGGCUAUGCAUUCAUCCUGCGUUCACCUCUGCUGGUUCCACCACUGGAACAGUUAAGUGAAGGUUUGACCAGCUUCACUCUGGAUCUGACUCAACACCCAUGAACCCCAGCCAACUCUGGCAUACCCUCUCAAUAAGAUGGGAAAUGCCUCCGAAAUAUUUCUGUUCGUGUCCAGAAUAUCAAAAGACAACGACUUCAUCAUGGGAACACUCUACAUCAUCUUUGGUGUGUUGUCCAUACUGGGGAAUGGGAUCCUGCUGUUUGUGGCAUAUAGAAAGAAGUCCUCCCUGAAGCCGGCAGAGUUCUUUGUUGUCAAUCUGGCCAUCAGUGAUUUGAGCAUGACUAUAAGUCUGUUUCCACUGGCCAUUCCUUCAGCCUAUGCUCACAUGUGGUUAUUUAACCUGACAACCUGCACUGUUUAUGCCUUUUGUGGUGUUUUGUUUGGCCUGUGCAGUCUAUCCAACCUCACGGUCCUCUCUUGUGUUUGCUGGCUCAAGGUCUGCUGUCCGAACUACGGUAACAAGUUCUCAUACUGCCAUGCCUCCCUGCUCGUCGCGGGCAUCUGGUGCUACGCUGCAGUGUUUGCCGUGGGUCCACUGUCAGGUUGGGGAGAGUAUGGGGCUGAACCUUAUGGGACAGCAUGCUGCAUCAACUGGCACGCUCCCAACAACAGUUCUGCAGCUAUGAGCUACAUCAUCUGCCUCUUCUUUUUCUGCUACAUUGUACCCUGCACUGUCAUAUUUCUGUCCUACACCUUCAUCUUGGUGACUGUGCGAGGCUCUCGGCAGGCCGUGCAGCAGCAUAUGUCUCCGCAGAACAAGAUCACCAAUGCACAUGCACUUAUAGUCAAGCUUUCCGUGGCAGUUUGUAUCGGUUUCCUGACAGCGUGGAGUCCAUAUGCAAUUGUUUCCAUGUGGGCAGCAUUUGGUAAAUCAACAAAUAUACCACCAAUGGCUUUUGCUUUGGCAGCCAUUUUUGCCAAAUCGUCUACCCUUUACAAUCCUAUUGUCUACCUGGUCUUCAAGCCAAAUUUCCGUAAGUUUCUGUGUCGGGAUGUUGCCCACUGUAGAAGCACAUUCUGUGGAUGUAUUUGUCAACACAGCUCCGCACAGAAGGGAGCUUGCACACAAUCUCAUCACAUCAACAAGUGCAACUCUACAAGGUUGUCCAACGGGCUACCAGAGAACCACAGGACCUGCAGACACUGUCCUUGCACUGAAACGGUCACCGGUGCCAAGGAAAACUUUACAGAUUACAGUCCUCAGCAGACUGCCAGAAUACUUAAAGGAUCUGUGAACACCGAGGUUGCUGUCAGUCAGCUCUCCAAUGAGCUGCAGAGCGACUUUCUUUAAAGAGAGAAAAAUGUUAUCUGAAAAACAAAAUGCUGCCAAAAAACGACAAGGAGUCAAACAAAGUAAGACUAAUUGCAACUUAAGGAAAAGUCAAAGGAUCAAGACUUCCAUGAUGAAAAAGUUUAUUAUUUUUAUUCUAGUGUUCAAAGCUUGUUUUAUGCCUCAAAAAUGUAAUACUGCCAAAAGAAAAAUGAAAAGAUAAACUAAAAAAGAAAUAAAAACAAAGAUGGUCAUGUAGUUCGAUGCAAAUACAGGAGAAUAAGCAAGCCAACCUGUCCAGAGGGAGAAUUAAAGGUUUGUCUGGUCGAAGUAACAAGCAUCAACUAUUUUAUUGCUCUGAACAAUCAACAUCAAGGAAACAAGACUGAAGAGUCAACAUGCAAAAUCCAUUUACGCAGGAUUAAGAGGGAGGGACUGAUACUGAAACAGCCUACUCCCUAAUCAACCCUUUAUGUGUUUUUUACAAGUACUGUACUUUCUGGGAUGUUUGUAUUUAUUUGUGCAUGCCUCAAACUGAUGGACAACAGGGUUACUGCUCUAAUCUAUCUGUUUUAGUGUUUUUGUUUUUCUUUUUACAUAUUAGGAUUUAUGAUUUAAAAUUAGAUUUUCUGAUACAAAAUCAAGGCAAAAAUGCACGAUGAACACAUUGCUUAACAAGUAGUUUUCUCAUUCUAAAAAUGCUUUUUGCAAAAGUAAUUAAAUUAAAAGGCUAAUGCAGAUUUUAUUAACGGGGUUCUUUGAAUUAUUUAUUAGUCAGUAGCUUGCCUGCUGUCUGAGGAGGGUUUCAAAAGACAGAAGACGUUCUCAUACUGGAGCAGAGUUAACUGCUGGUUAGACUGGGUCCAUGAUAGAGUCAAACCUAAAAACAUUUUACACUUGUAAAAACAAACAUUAUAUUAACUCAUUUUCAACUGAUAAGCUCACCUCGCUAUAAAACGCAUCAACUCUGGGACACAAAACCACUUUUCUUGCUGAUCAGUAUGACGACUGGAUUUCCCCAUGCUGUUUAUACUUACAUGUAAUUGUUUAAAGAGACGGUGCAUUCAAGCAUUUGAAAAUUGUACUCAAGGAUUAACCAGACUUGCGGAGGUCCAAAAUUAUCUUCUUGAUAUCUUGCCUGCUUGAUUUCUUUUCGAUUAAUAACACAGGAAUGCGGUGUGUUUGAGAUGUGACCUCAAAAUAAAAAUACUGUUUUUCUCCAAUUAAUCUAGAUGUUGAAUAUAAUCAGAAUCAUAAUAUUUCCAAAUUUGUUUCAAGGCACAGUAAUCUUACCGUAUUCGAACUUCUGACUUUAAAGAAAGUAAAAAAGAAAUACAAAAAUAUCUCUCUCAUUCUGACACUUAUCCAAUUGAAAUUAUUUUCGUAAUCCUAAUUUAGCUAAAACGGGAAAUAUUUUGUUGGAUUUGUCAGACAGUGAGAAUAAGAAAGUUGAGUUUUUAUAAAGUCUAUGUCUGUGUUUCAGUGUAUAUCAAUCCCAAAGUUGAGUAAACAUUUGGGUCAAGCCCUUCUGGUGUUAAAUGUUUGUUAUUGUUUUGUCAAUUUAUCUUGGAAAAUUGAAAGGUCAUUGAAACAUCAAACUUUGGGAACACAGAUUGACAAAUGGAGUGCUGGCAUUCCUGCGUGGAAUACAGUGAAGAAUUGAGCUUGCCACGUUCUACACAAUGAAA